GAAUCAUUGCUUUAAAAUAUUUAUAUGUAAAGAGUUUGUAGCAAAAUAUUGCAGAGCAGUGUAUUUAAAAUGACUAAUACGAUCCUGACGGUUCUUGAAAUGUUGAAAACCGUAGACGCCCCCACCACUCCAAGCUAUCUCCACUUCUCUUCAAGGUGAAUCCAAGUAGUUUCGCGGCACUUUUUGAAUUUAACGGUAACUACUUUGGCAUGUACCCAAUAACUAGACAAUAACCGCCAACCACGUUUCUUUCUAGAAAACCACCCAGUACUGUUAUUACCAUACAUCUUAUAACACUCUUUUUUCAUAAGCCUCAUUGCAUUGCAUUGCAUUGCAAUACCAAACUUAUCGUCUACAAGAAGAAUGAAGAACACAAACGCGGCAUCUCUUUUUGCUCUCUUCUGCACUUCUGUGAUGGCAAUCUUGGUCGCCACAGACGUGCCGGUUCAAGCUGUGGAGGAAUUCAAAGUGGGUGACGAUUUGGGUUGGAUUCAACCCGAUGCCAACCACACUUCGCUUUACAGUCAGUGGGCUGCAAGGAACAGAUUUCAUGUUGGAGAUUCUCUCUCUUUUGAGUACAAGAAUGAUUCAGUUCUUGUGGUGAACAAGUAUGAAUACUACCACUGCAACACAAGCAAGCCAAUCGCUGCCUUCAACAACGGGAAGAGUGUCGUCAGGCUUGAUAGGCCGGGGCCAUUCUACUUCAUUAGUGGGGUUCCUGAUCACUGCAAGAAUGGCCAGAGGUUGUUUAUUGAUGUGAUGUCUCUGCACCCAAUCUCUCCAUCUCCUCCAUCCAUUGCCUUUCCGCCUGCUCUAGACGAGGGGUCCUCUCCUUCACCGUCACCAAGUUCGGGAGUUCCAGUUUCAGUCACACUUGGUUCAGUCUUUAUGGCUGUUACUUCCACAUUUGUGACUUUCCUAUGCUCUGCAGCAUAGCUUAUUGUUAUGUUAUUUUCGUAUGUUUUAGAUGGUUUUCUUAGUGCGUCGGAUUCCGGCUGUUGGAAUCAAUCGUGCCUUAGAUUUGCCUCUGACCUGUGCAUUAUAUAUUGAACAUUGUUAGUUUAAUUA